AUGUUCAUAAAAGUUUUUAAAUUUUUUCAAGUUAACAAGUUUACAUAUGAGAAUACCUUCUGGCCUCAACUAUCAAAUUUUAUUCAAAAUACCUUACAAGUUGAAUCACAAAUUAAAAGACCUUUACACACAUAUUCACAUGAAGAAUUAUACAGAAGCAUAUAUCGGAUAUGUUUGCAAGGUUUCCAAAAAAGAUUAUAUCAAGAUCUGAAAUUAAUAAUAGAAGAAACAUUGGAAUUUAUAAAUAACCAAUUAGGAAACUAUAAACAAUUAGAUGAAUGGUUUCAAAAAUUUGCUGAAAUAUCCAUAAAUCAUGCAAGAGCUAUUGAGAUAUUGAGCAGUGAUAAAACUUUUGUAAAACAUACACUUAAUGAAAAUCUGAAAGAUGUAUUAGUAGAUAGGUUUCAAUGUAUUAUCAUUCAAAGAUCUGAGAUGCAUAUUAUUCAAGUAUUUAGUAUGAUAGUUGAUGAUCCUAAAUUAUUUGAUUCAAAUAUUGUCAAGGAGGUUUUAAAUAAUAUAUAUUUAAAUCCGGCAUUAUUUCAAAAUUUAAUUGAACAUAUGAUUAUACCAAAUGAUUUCGAAGCUAUUGAUUUUAGACACAAAGCUUUAGAAGCAAAAUACCAAUUUGAAAAAUUAAAGAAUGGUGGAUUAGAAUCAAGAUUUCCACAACUAAAAAGAUCAUUUUCAGCAAUGAUUGAUGGAAUGAUACAAGAAAAAAUUCCCUGCAAAAGGCAACAAAUAUAA